UUCAAACAGAGUUCAAUGUGUAAGAGAUGUGACAAAUCUUUAGAGAAGCAGUUUUCUCCUAAGAGAAAGACUGGGAGGAAGGAGAAGGGGGAUCCCCUCAACAUUGCCAUAGACAAGAUGACCAAGAAAACACGAGACCUUCGAAGGCAGCUGCGGAAGGCAGUGAUGGAUCACAUAUCAGAUUCCUUCCUGGAGACCAAUGUCCCGUUGCUGGUUCUCAUCGAGGCUGCAAAAAGCGGGAACGAGAAGGAAGUGAAGGAAUACGCUCAGGUCUUCCGUGAACACGCCAACAAGUUAGUGGAGGUUGCAAAUCUGGCCUGUUCAAUCUCAAAUAAUGAAGAAGGGGUGAAGUUAGUCCGUAUGGCAGCCACGCAGAUUGAUAGUCUGUGCCCACAGGUGAUAAAUGCUGCACUCACGUUGGCUGCCAGACCCCAGAGCAAAGUAGCCCAGGACAACAUGGAUGUGUUUAAGGAUCAGUGGGAGAAGCAGGUGCGAGUCCUCACUGAAGCUGUUGAUGACAUCACUUCGGUGGAUGAUUUCCUCUCUGUUUCAGAAAACCACAUCCUGGAAGAUGUGAAUAAGUGUGUGAUUGCUCUCCAAGAGGGGGAUGUGGACACGCUGGACAGAACCGCGGGUGCCAUCCGGGGCCGCGCAGCCAGAGUCAUUCACAUCAUCAACGCCGAGAUGGAAAACUACGAGACUGGAGUUUACACUGAGAAGGUGCUGGAAGCUACCAAACUGCUCUCUGAGACAGUCAUGCCGCGUUUUGCUGAGCAAGUUGAGGUUGCCAUUGAAGCUCUGAGUGCCAACGUCCCCCAGCCAUUUGAGGAGAACGAGUUCAUCGACGCCUCCCGCCUGGUUUACGACGGAGUUCGUGACAUCAGGAAAGCUGUUCUGAUGAUCAGGACCCCUGAAGAGCUGGAGGAUGAUUCAGACUUUGAGCAGGAAGAUUAUGACGUUCGCAGCCGAACCAGUGUCCAGACUGAGGAUGACCAGCUCAUUGCUGGCCAGAGUGCCAGGGCUAUCAUGGCUCAGCUUCCCCAGGAGGAGAAGGCUAAGAUUGCCGAGCAGGUGGAGAUUUUCCACCAAGAAAAGAGCAAACUGGAUGCGGAGGUGGCGAAGUGGGAUGACAGCGGCAAUGACAUCAUCGUGCUGGCAAAGCAGAUGUGCAUGAUCAUGAUGGAAAUGACAGACUUCACUAGAGGCAAAGGCCCCCUGAAGAACACAUCAGAUGUCAUCAACGCCGCCAAGAAGAUUGCAGAGGCAGGGUCGAGGAUGGACAAAUUGGCACGGGCAGUAGCUGAUCAGUGCCCAGACUCAGCCUGCAAACAGGACCUGCUGGCCUACCUGCAGCGCAUUGCCCUGUACUGCCACCAGCUCAACAUCUGCAGCAAAGUGAAGGCAGAAGUUCAGAACCUGGGAGGAGAACUUAUUGUAUCAGGGACUGGAGUUCAGAGCACUUUCACUACCUUUUAUGAGGUAGAGUGUGAUGUCAUAGAUGGGGGCAGGGCUAGUCAACUUUCCACCCACCCACCCACCUGUGCUGAGGGAGCUACGCUUGAGACUGGAAGCGGUGACUCCUCAACGGUGACUUGGUGGCUCUGAGCAAUUGGUUAAGGAUGCAGACCAUUCCAUCUUCUGUCUCCUACAUUUUAUCACUGAGUACAAUUUCCAGCCAACUAGACACGAUUUGGACGCUUUUCAGGUAAGACUGUAAGAAAGACAUUUUUUCUUGUUAUUAUACCUGUUUUCUAGAUAAGGAACAAAAGAUUUGCUUCUAAAACUCGGUUUGAAAGAAGACUAGAUUAUUUGGGGCUUUUAAAAUGUCUUUCUGUUCUCAAAUUACAACCAAAUCAGAACUCAAGUCAGGAGGAGGGAGAUCAGUAGCACAGGAUAGUUAGAUAUCCUGUAUUUCCUCUUUCUUUAGAUUUAAUUGCAGUUGAUUAUGAAAAUGGAGCUUUGUAGUGAGAUGCUUUUGACUGAGUCCUGUCUGCACUUUUCUUUCUGGGACCUCAGGGUGAGGCAAUGUUGUAUCUUCUUCACUUCUAACAUGUGAAUCCUUGUGUAAAUUGGUGAAAAUUGCUUUUUUACUGGGCCUGAUACUGAGCUUUGACAGACUUCCUACUCUAACUGUCUUCAGCAAGCCUCCUGGCAAUAUCAAAAAAUUUUAGCUCUAGUUUGGGUUUGCCUCUCUGUCAAUUAGAGUUUGGACUUUGUUGCAUUUAUCUUCCUGAAUAUUGGGUGGGAGCCUCUCUUU